UUACCUUCCUAACCAUCCACACCUUCCAAACUCCUAUUUAUCUCACACACUCUCUCUCUCUCCCCCCGCUCUCUCCUCGCUUCUUUCCCAUGGUGGAAGAAGCUAACAGGAUGGAUAAGAGCAUAAACAGCAGCCAAGAGACUGAGGUGAGGAAAGGCCCAUGGACCAUGGAGGAAGACCUCAUCCUAAUCAACUACAUAGCAAACCAUGGUGAGGGUGUUUGGAACAACCUCGCUCGGUCUGCAGGUUUGAAUCGCACGGGGAAGAGCUGCCGGCUUCGGUGGCUGAACUAUCUGAGGCCCGAUGUCCGGCGGGGGAACAUCACGCCGGAGGAGCAGCUGCUGAUCAUGGAUCUCCAUGCCAGAUGGGGAAAUAGGUGGUCAAAAAUUGCGAAACAGCUGCCUGGGAGGACCGACAACGAGAUAAAGAACUACUGGAGGACAAGAAUACAAAAGAAGGUUAAGCAAGGCGAAUCCUUUGACUACCAGCAAGCGAUGGUUACCGAUGAAACUAGCACCAGUAACAGCACCAGCCAAACAAACAGUGUUGAAGAUGUUGGGCUUCAGCCGAGUUACGCUCAAACCCAGGUUACCAAUCCUGAUGCACUUCCACCUCAUUUCUCCAGUACUGAAUCCAGCGAUAACUUCUGGUCUGUCGAGGAUUUCUGGUCAAUGCAGCAAUUCAAUGGCGAUUAAAUAAAGAGAGAUCAUGCUUAUGGAUAAUAUUGAUGAUGGUAAUUAUCCUCUAGCAUAAAAGUAAUAUUGUUACACUAAGUAUUUGGUUACUGUACAAAAUAGCUAUGGUUGAGCUUAAUUAUGUAAGGAUUGUGAGAUAUAAUGAUCAUGCUUGGCUUCUAUUAGUUAUAAGUUUGGUGUAAGCGAUUGGUUUUAGUUAUGAUUACAAUAUAUGAUGGUUAAUUUCUAGUGAAAAA